UACUUCUCUCUCUCUCACUUAUUGUUUCUCAACACACUAUUUUCUCCUCUCCACUUUACAACUAUUCAAGCUAAUUACGCCAUGACAAUGAAGCUACAUAGCCAGGAGAAGCAAAAAGGAGGGCUCAGCAGAGCUCUAAGGGAGCAAAGAGCCAAACUAUACAUUAUACGACGCUGCGUCGUGAUGCUUCUUUGUUGGCACGAUUGACCAU